AUUAGUCACAGUUGUACUCGGGCGAGUUGUGGCCUCGGAAGCUGGAGCCUCUCUUUCCAUGUAUAAGAAGGAGGAUGUGAGGCACAAAGAUUUUCAGCCUUCUUGAGGAUUGAAUCUUACGCCUUAUUGUCACUCCUUUCCAUUCUCUUCUCCUCCAGAAACUUCCUGCACCACCCACUUCAUAGGUGAAUAUCUCUUUGCCGGUUUGAAGCUUUGGCCUGCUUCUGGUCUGUUUUAUAAGUUAUUGCCAGAAAUUACACAGUUAACUCUUUUCCAUCUUCAUCAAUAUUAUAUAGUCAAUCACAGAAAGUAGGGAAUGCUGAAAAAUGUUGAAAUUCAGAAUUUCUUCCUCUGAGGGUGAUAAGGUCAUAGCUCCGGGUGGGCUACCCUUGUAUAACCUUUUUGAGGCUGAGCAUUUAACUCACUGCCCACUUUAUUGUGCUCAAAUGCCCGGUGUGCCAAGAAAUACAGGAGCACAUAUCAUGUCAAGGUACGAUGUUUGUGAAGAUGGUUGAGCUUUUAGGUUCUUGAGAGCAAUUCCUUAAUACCUAUAUCAGCCAUAUUGCAUUAGGAAGUAUAGUAGCUUUUAUUUUGUUCAAAUAUUGUAGCCUGAAAUGGAAAACAAAGGGCACGUGUUGAUGCGGAAGUAUGAGAUGGGCAAAUUGUUGGGCCAAGGAACCUUUGCCAGGGUCCACCAUGCGAGGAAUCUUCAAACUGGAGUGAGUGUAGCCAUCAAGAUAAUUGACAAAGAGAAGGUACUGAAGGUUGGAAUGAUGGAGCAGAUAAAGCGAGAAAUUUCUGUUAUGAGACUGAUUAGACAUCCAAAUGUUGUAGAACUUUAUGAGGUGAUGGCUACCAAAUCCAAGAUUUACUUUGUAAUGGAAUAUGUUAAAGGUGGUGAGCUUUUCAACAAAGUAGCUAAAGGGAAGCUCAAGGAGGACAUUGGACGGAAAUAUUUUCAACAGUUGAUCAGUGCAGUUGAUUAUUGCCACAGUAGAGGAGUAUCUCAUCGUGAUCUGAAACCAGAAAACCUACUCUUGGACGAGAAUGGGAAUCUAAAGGUUUCGGAUUUUGGUUUAAGUGCCCUUGCUGAAUGUAAGCAACAGGAUGGGUUACUUCAUACUACCUGUGGAACCCCUGCUUAUGUCGCUCCAGAAGUGAUAAACAGAAAAGGUUAUGAUGGAUCGAAAGCUGAUAUUUGGUCAUGUGGGGUGAUCUUGUAUGUUCUAUUGGCUGGCUAUCUGCCAUUCCAUGAUACAAAUCUGAUGGAGAUGUAUAGGAAGAUUGGAAAGGCAGAAUUUAGAUUUCCUAAUUGGUUUGCACCUGAAGUACGCAAGCUUCUGUCAAAGAUCCUUGAUCCAAAACCUAGCACAAGGAUAUCCAUGGUCAAAAUAAUGGAAAAUUCUUGGUUUUGCAAGGGGUUAGAACCCAAAUCCCUAAUUGUUGAGACAAACAGAGAAGAACAUGCAUUUGCGGAUUGUGAUGCUGUGUUUAAUGUGGAUGAGAGUAACAGUGCUGUCACACAAUCCAAGCAAGAAUCAGCAAAACCUUGUAACUUGAACGCAUUCGAUAUCAUCUCCUAUUCUGCAGGCUUCGACUUGUCUGGUUUGUUUGAGGAAAAAGAGAAAAAGAAAGAGGUGAGGUUUACUGCAAACAAGCCUUCCUCAAUUAUCAUCUCAAAGCUAGAAGACAUUGGUAAGCGUCUAAAGCUGAAAAUGAAGAAGAAAGAUGCAGGCAUGUUGAAAUUUGAAGGUUCAAAGGCGGGCAGGAAAGGAGCUCUGGGCAUCGACGCCGAAAUCUUUGAGAUCACUCCUUGUUUUCAUUUAGUGGAAAUGAAGAAGUCCAGCGGAGAUACUCUGGAGUAUCAGACAGUACUAAACCAAGAAAUUAGACCUGCACUCAAGGACAUUGUUUGGACAUGGCAAGGAGAACAGCAGCAGCAGCAGCAGCAGCAGCAAAUUCUGAAACAACAACAAGAGCAACAGGAACUACAGCCUUCCCAUGUAUGUGCAUUGCAGGCAGCUUCACCUUAUGCUACAUCCUAAAUAAAUAUUUCAUCGCGAUUAGUUUUAUCUAUCCUUGGCCUUUGUCAAGGUGAGUUUAAUCCUUGUGACAGUAUGCAACUUAUCAGUAUAAUUGGGUGGAUGCUUCAUAUAUGUAUUAUGUAUCGACUGUAUUCAAUCGUAUCAACGCUUUUCAUCACCAAAA